UGUGUCAUGAAUACUAUUUAUUGAAUAUGUAAAGUUUUGAUUAAUAUUGAGCUGAAACAUUAAUGAAUGAAAUCUUGUACUUUUACUUUGGGAGAAAGCUAAAAACUAUGGACUGAAACUGAAUCACAACAUUUUUAACUGAGAGAGAAGGGUUCGAUCUACGGAUCUUAUAUAAAGGAAGGGUAGGGUCUUCGCUUCACUUUAUCAUCGGCGUUCGUGAAAAAAAAAGUAUACAAAAAAGUUCAGUUUUCUCUCUUAAUUUUUUCAUCAUCUCCACUCGAAUCCGGAAGAAGAAGAAAGACACCCAGAAUAAGAGAAAAAGAGAUGUCUUCGCCGAGCAAACGCAGAGAAAUGGAUAUGAUGAAGCUGAUGAUGAGCGAUUAUAAAGUGGAGACGAUCAACGAUGGCAUGCAGGAGUUCUUUGUUGAAUUCAACGGUCCCAAAGACAGUCUGUAUGAAGGAGGAGUGUGGAAGAUAAGGGUUGAGCUACCAGAUGCUUAUCCUUACAAAUCUCCUUCCGUUGGUUUCAUCACCAAGAUUUAUCAUCCUAACGUUGAUGAACUGUCCGGUUCUGUUUGUUUAGAUGUGAUCAACCAGACUUGGAGUCCUAUGUUUGACCUUGUGAAUGUGUUUGAGACAUUUCUUCCUCAGCUUCUUUUGUAUCCAAACCCAUCUGAUCCUUUGAAUGGGGAAGCUGCUGCUUUGAUGAUGCGUGACCGUCCUACUUAUGAACUACGAGUUAAAGAAUACUGUGAGAAGUAUGCAAAAGCAGGGGAAGGUUCAGAAGAUGAGUCUAGCGAUGAAGAAUUAAGUGAAGAGGAAUAUGGUUCCGGUGAGGAUGAAGAUGAUGAUGCAAUUGCAGGCCAACCAGAUCCUUAAACCAAGAUUUGGUAGAGCUAUAUGAUGUUUGAUCAUCAAUUUUAUGUAUGCUUAUAAGUUAACCGAACUGUGAAAUCUGCUGUUUCUCCCUUUUAUGUUUGUUCCACCUGUUUAGAUUUACCGGUCCGGACGUUUGUGUACAUUAUUAGACCGAACCGGAUUCUCAAAUCUUCCCGAUUUCAAAUAAACAGAUCACUAGAUA